UUUCUCGUGAGGAUUCUGCUUUGGUUAAUACUUGAUCUGAAUGAUCUCGUGUAAAAUAUUUGACAUGAAUUCCCGGGAAAACGAUAGUACCAACGAGGACAAUGAUCUACGCAUUUAUGCAGUUCUCAACUUGAGCGAAAACCCAAGAAAAUUGUUAAGCAAAGGAGACAGGAAAAGUUUUUUCUGCCAUUUUUCCUUACCCCUCCCAAAGCAGGUAGUUGUUUUUGCUGUGGGGGAGUGGGAGAGUAAUAUUGGUUCAAGUAAUAUCUCAGUAGAAGUAUCACUAGACUCAGAAUCUCAACCCAAGAGGAUUGGAACACUGAGUAAAGACACCAGAGCACUAUGCUGGCAGAAUGAAUGGGGAAAGACCUUUGUUGACAGAAGUUUAAAGCUGUUUGAAGAGGAUAGAAUGGCCAAACUAGUUUUAAGUGUUGAGCAAAAGUCAAAUAAUGACCAAAAAGAGAGCAAAAUAUCCAAGAAAACACCAUUUUCACCAGUUCAAACAAACAAGAAAGAUGACCAUAACAGUCCAAAGACAACUGCCUCUAAGACUACUAAAAACAAUCCAUCCAAAUACCUCACACCAAAAAACAAAAGUACAAGGCUUGACGACUUCUGGGGUAUCGAUAGUCAAGAAUAUGAAAACAGUCCAACAGAUGUUACAGGGACUCCACCUGCACCACCAUCAUUUAGUGAACACAGAAGGAAACGAACUCCAAGAUGCUCAUCAGAAACCCUUCCUGCUGGGAAGAGAAGAAAAUCACUUCACCGGUCAGAGUUUUCCAGUCCUUCUGUGACAAAGAAUAGUCCAAGCAGUAAGGGUUUGGCCAGCCCUAAGGUGUCUUCACCUCCAUCAACACCUUGUACACCAUAUUCUCCAUGUGCCUUCAAAGAAGGAGGUCCUUCUGGUCGCUGGGGUCAUGGUAUGUCCAAUAUUGGGGAGAACAAGACGGUUCUGGUUGGAGGACAAGGGGCUAAACAACAAAUGGUAAAAGAUGCUCUCUGGGUUAUCAGUACCAGUGAUACAGGAGAAGUAGAAUGGAAUCAACCAUUUACCUCCAAUGGCACAGGUGCUGACAGACGAAUGGGUCAUUCUGUUAUUUAUGAUGCUGAGUCCAAAGCUAUUUAUAUUUAUGGGGGAUCCAAAAACAAGAGAUGGUACAGUGAUAUCCAUCAACUCAACACAGAGACUUGGGAGUGGUCAGUGUUAAAGACUGUAGGUAAAGCUCCAACAAGAGCCUACCACAGCUGCACACUGUUCCAUGGAGAGCUGUGGGUGUUUGGUGGUGUCUACCCUAAUCCUGACCCUCAGUCUGAUGGAUGUAGUAACGACAUGUUUGUGUUGAACUUGCAAACUAAGAACUGGUACAUACCAAUAGUUGGCUCCACAUCCAAACCUUGUCCAAGAUCUGKGCAUUCUGCAUGUAUGUUUGAUGACACCCUUGUGAUAUUUGGUGGCUGGGAUGCUCCAACAUGCUACAAUGAUCUUUUCUUUCUUGACCUCACUAUCAUGGAGUACACUGAGCCUGUUACGACAGGGACUGUUCCCUCUAAGCGCAGCUGGCAUGCUGCAAUCAAGCUACCAGGAAAGAGAAUGCUUAUCCAUGGAGGAUACAAUGGCAUCAAGACACUAGGAGAUGCCUUCAUCUUUGAUAUGGGAACUCUUACUUGGACUGCUGUACAGACUCCAGAAAACCUCUAUCCAAGGGCAGGUCAUACUGCUUUCUCCAUUCUCGACAAAGAAGAAGAGGAAAACAGUGACAAAGUAGCGAUAUUUGGUGGUGGAGAUAAUUUAGGGGAAUUCUUUAGUGAUUUUUUAACAUUUUAUCCUCAACCAAUAGAACAGAGUUAAUGUGUUUUAAAUGAUGAUUCAAUUAAUGGGCAUUAAAACAUGUAAAUAUGUGUAUUUUUAAACUUUGUACUGGUUUACUCCUUGUAGUUCUUUAAAGCCCUGUUACUGCAUGUUAAACUCCAUUUGGAGCAGAAUAAAUUCAAACCUGGUCAUAUUAUGAAUAAUAUGUAGAUGAUGGCUAGUAAACACUAGCAUGGACUGCGUCGGUGUUCCUAAUGAAACAGUUAUCGUAGAUUGAUAAGUUUUACACCGUAUUGAAAAUAGGAACUGACAUUUCGGACUUUAGUCCUUCGUCGGAGUCAAUGAUUGACUCGAACGUCAGUUCCUAUUUUCACUACGGUGUAAAACUUAUCAAUCUACGAUAACUGUGUCAUAUUAUGAAUAACACUUCUCCAAAAACAGGGCAUUAAAGUAUCCCAGUACUGGUAUAGGACUGUUGGUGUUAUUAUUCUAAAAUUUUAACAUUAAGAAGAAGUUAAUCCUAAUAAAGUUCACUCAUUCAUGUU